AUGGAUAUCCAGACAGGACUCGUGUAUAUUGGUGUUGUUGUUAUCUCAGCUGUAGUUAUCGCCUGUAUAUCAAUGUAUGCUAUGAGGGAAAAAUCUUAUGAAGAAGCAAUUGCCGAACAGAGAAAGCUUCCUGAUGAUCUAUUGUCAAGUAAGAAGGAUAGAAAUAAAGAAAAGAAACAUAAGAAUAAGGCAGGGAAGAAAGCAAAAGAGAAGAAAGAGGAGAAAGAUGACAAGGAUGAUAAGGAUGAAAGGACAGAACAUGUACAAUUUGAAGAGACUCCCCAAAUACUGCCUCCUGAACCACCAGUACAAGAGAGUAACAAAGGCAAUAAGAAGAAAGGAAAACUUGAAAAGAUAAAACCAAUCCUCGUAAAUAAAGACGAGCCAUUGGCCAUUGUGACUGAAUUGAAUCCCUUGCAACCUGCCUUGGCAGAGGCUAAUCAUUUUGACCUCAUUCAUCCAAAGGAUGACCUUGAACUUGUACGGAAUCAGAGUAGAGAGAAUCUUCAGCAGAUUACUCAAACGGAAACAGUAGAGAAAACUAAUAAAUCACCAAAGGAUACACCAACCAAAUCGAAGAAAAAUAACAAGGAUACUAUAAAGAAAAAAGAUGAAAAUAUUAAAGAUGAGAAGCAGGAUUCUAAUGCUCAUACUAAUCUGUUUUGUACUAAUAAAGAAGCUAUAAAAGAAAUAAAGGAGCAGCAGAAAGAGACACCAGUUAAGGAAGUAAGGGAAGUUGUUAGAGAAGUUGUAGUCCAGCAGUUAUCAAACAAGGAGCCAAAAAAGACGAAAAGAAAGAAUGACAUCUUAUCUCAGAUUGAUGGGGAUGCUGUCAAUGUUGAAUUAUUGAUGCUAUGUAUUCAAAAGGCUGAGCUAAGUCGAUCUGAAAUACAAAUCCUCACCAAUCAACUCUUGAAUAAGCAGCAGGACAACCCGUUAGAGCAUUCCGAAUGGACGGAAGGUCGCGCCGACCCUGUCAUCAAGCUGAAAAAGCAAUUGGCAGAGAAGGAAAAAGCAUUGGCUGACGAACAUGAAGCGAGCGUGGCUUUCCAGAAUAAGUUGAAGGAAUUGCGAGCUGAAUUUAAUUCGGAGAGAUCUAGGCUUUUAGCGAACAUCAAGCAGCUGGAAGAUACGUUGAACGCCAAAAAUACAGAGAAUCAGACCUUGCAUAUCCGAAUGCAACAUAUCUUUGAAAGCCAUGCCGCAGAGAAGCAAGGUUUCAACAGACAGAUUGAGCAGCUGCAGACCAAAGUGGACGAAGAUGCUGCUAUUAUUCAUAAAUUACAAGAGGAUCAAGGACAAACUCAGGGUCACUUGCAGCAGGAACUGAUGACACAGCGUAAGCAAAUGGAUGUGCAGUUUGCUCAAAUGCGCGAGAAUGAAAAUGCGUUGAAGACUCAAUUGACCCAGAAACACGUGGACAUACAGGAAUUGCAAAAUGAGCUGCAAGCGACUUGUGAGAGCAGUACUGCAGAGAUAGAGAUGUUACGUCAACAAUUAGGUAUAAUGCAAGGUCAAUUGAUGCACUCGGAAGGACAAUUGCAACACUUUAAGGAAACAAGCGAUCGGCUACAGGACGUUGCCAGGCAACUUGAGGAAUCCCAUCGUGCAAACGCAGACUUGGAUCAUAGAUUGAAAAGCGCGCAUCGGCAUGAGCAGGAAUUACAAAAGCAAGCAAAUUCGUUGCAGGCCGAGCUGAAUAACGCGAAAAGUGAAGCUAAUGAAGCGCCUACCUUAAAAAUUGAACUUAGCAAGGCUCAAACUGAAUUGAUAAAAUUAAAGUCAGAGUUAUCGGUUUCAUUGAACGAGGCCAAAUCAGAAGCGGCUGAAAUAACAGCCUUGAAAACCAUGUUGAAUAACAAGGAGGACGAACUGAAAAAAUCUCAGGACAAACUCAACGCCGUACUGAACAAUCUGCAACAAUCCAAUGUGCAAGUCACGCAUAUGGAAUCCAAAUUGAAUUCUAUGCAAAAGGAGAUGGAAGUGAUAAAGAUCGAUUUUGAAAAAACGGAACGUAAUUUGAAGGAGGCGAAGAACGACGCGAACAAGUAUCAAAAAGAGAUGCAAAGAGCACAAGAGAUAUUAGCAGGUGUACAAGCCGAAUUGAUUAAUGCUCAUGCUCAAAUCAAGGAAACCAAUGGAACCGCGAGCGAAUUGAAAGUUUUACAAACUGAAGUCAAUAAACUACAGAACAGCGAGAAAAAGGUAGCAGAUGCGCAGUUUCGAAUUAUGACAUUACAAGAAGAAAAUGAUAGACUGCGGGUUGAGCUUGCAGAUAUCAUAGAGAAACAGAAGGAGCUUCAACAACAGCAUGAGCAAGAAAAAAUUCUUAAAAAUAUUUUAGCUGUUACCACCGAACCUCCACAUGUUAAUUCAGAGGAGAAAUCUUUACUGGACUCUUUGAAAACUGAGUUAACGCACAAGAAGGAAGAGCUCAAUAAAAUGAAUGAACGGAUACACUUAUUAGAAAAUGAUGCAGACAAACACCAAAGUUCUAUUAGCCAACUAAAAAAAGAGUUGGAGAUCCAAAUAUCUAAAAAUAACAAAUUACGCACAAAGAACUGGACAGUGAUAGAAGCUCUUUCUGCUGCUGAGUCGCGUGCCAAAUCCAAUGAUGAAAAGAGAAUUGUAGAAACAACACAAAAAGUCAAAGAAGAACAAGAAGAAAUAACUAAGGCUCUUCUACAGAGGAUAUUUCCAGAAAUUAAAGUGUCUGAGAAAACACAUGAGCAAUGGCUGGAAGCUUUCGAAGAUAAAGUAGGCGCUAUUCUGAAUGAGUUAAAACAGAAAAACACAGAUCAAGCAAAACCAGAUUUGGAACGACAGAAUAAAAAUCUACAAAAUAUGGUUUCACAUUAUCAACAGAUUAUUGGUGAAACGGAAGGUAUGCUUAACAAACUACAGAGUCAUGUAGAAUCUGAGGAAACAAGAUGGCAAUCACAACUUCAGCAGAAGGAGAAUGAAGUGGCGAAUCUUAGAGUAGAACUUAACAAUAUGCAAGCCAAAUUAAUUUCAAGUGAAGAGGUAAGAAUUACAAAAAUUUUUAUUUUGGAGACUGAAAUUUGUUAACUGAUGUUGCAGUAU